ACCGCAAUGAGGAGAUAAAUAGCGACCUUAUCUAUUUAUUUCCAACUAUUCCGUCUCUCAUUCAUUGUUAGCUGAGAGACCUGGUCGCCGAGGAAGCUGCUGCUGCUCCUCUGCUUGAAAGCACGUGCUAGAGUAGGCAUCACAGCUGAGCAGAUGGAGUUUGUCUUCAUGGGCUACAAAGAAGAAUAAUGGAUGAGACCUGUCACUAACACUUGAUGAGGAUUUUUAUUGACUCUUCAGGCUGAAUCAUGGAGGGUAACGAUGAUGUAACCGUGACACAGCCGCAGACUGGUGUGUGCAGCGCUGAGGUGGGAGGAGGAGACGUCACCAGCAAAGUGGAAGAUGGAGUAAAUCCACUCGCUGCUGCUGAUUCCUGCGACGGCGAUGCGACAGGACUGAGCAAAGGGGCUAACCUGACAGAGGCUCCUGCGCCGUCAGUGGUGAGUCCCACCGCUGAAUCUCCAGGAGGUGUGGCGCUUAAAGUAGCUACGACUGUGCUCCACCCGGUGUGUCUGGGAGAGAGUCCGCUGAUGCUGCCCAUCCACCUCCAAAUGGCCGGAGCUGCCGGGCCUCAGCUCGGCCAAAUGGGGGCAGCACCGUACUUGAUAACGAGCCAAAGCCCAGUGUCACUCCCUCUGGUUUUAGACCAGCAGGUCCUCCAGCAUAUGAGCCCCUCCGUUCUUCCUCAGAGCACUAACUGCACACAGUUGCCGCUCCAGAACAAUGUCUUGUGUCAGAACCCUUUGACGUUUGGUUUACCUCCAGCUGCCGACCAGAAGGCGGCAGGACAGACGCAGGAAGCUAACCUGCUCUCUCUUCUCCAGAAUCCAGCUUUUGCAGCCAUCUUGCAGGACCUCUUCCCUUCCCAGGCAGGUUCUUCUACCUGUCAGUCACCAGGUUCGGCCUUCUUCCCCCUUCCUCCCCUCACGCCUCCCUACACCUCCCCUCUGGCCCCUCUGGUUCCUCCUGCCACCCUUCUAGUGCCCUACCCGGUCAUCAUCCCCCUGCCAGUGCCUCUACCGGUUCCACUUCCCAUCCCCAUCCCUGUCCCUCAGACUGAGGACUCCAAGGGAAACAUGCCAAAACCAGUUUGCACUGUGAGUAAAAGCACUCAGACGUCGCCAAAAGAUACUACCUCUCCCUCAUUGUCUUCAAGGAAAUGCAUGCCGCCAUUCCAGCCACAAAAUGUGUCCUUGUCCUCGAUUCCUCCAGAGGAAGGACAGGCUCUGGACCUUUCUGUCAGGGCCUGUCCAGUUGAACCAAAACAGGAAUAUCCCAGUCCGCAGCAGGACAGUGUGCUCGACCUAUCAGUGCCUGGUGUGAGAAAAAAGUGUGUUCAGUCCGACAGAGAAGCAGCUUUACCGUCCAGUCAAGAUCCAGGCGGCACUGCUCUGUCUCUGGGUGUUGAAUGCACUCAGACUUUAGAUUCCAAACUCCUGGGCAGCCUGGCUUCACUGGAGUUCAGCCGGCAGCACAAGUGGCUGGUUGACAGCAGUGCCGCCGGGUCGAGCUCUCUGGGUCAAGAGGCGUCUCUGAGCGGAGCUGGAAACCUGGAGAUAGUCAGCGCCUCGCAGACGGCCAAGGUCAUCGUCUCGGUGAAAGAUGCGAUCCCGGCCAUCUUCUGCGGGAAGAUUAAAGGCCUGUCGGGAGUCUCCACCAAGAACUUCUCCAUCAAACGGGACGGCAGCCAGGGGGCAUCUCUGCAGCAGCUCUACGGAGUGCCGUCGGCGUCACGCGGGGAACAACACGACCCCAACGACCCGCUGAAGAAGGUUUCUAAAAGCAGAGCAAUCAAACUGAAGAAGGUCAGCUCACAGGAGAUCCACUUCCUUCCCAUUAAGAAGCAGAGACUUGCGGCGCUGCUGCCCAGGAAGUGAGAGUGCUGACUGGAGGGGGAAUAAUCGCUGAACCGCUCUCUGCUAAUCCUUCCAGACCGAAUAACAUAAAACACAUGUAGGGACGUUCUGUAAUCAAAGUCCAGUCCAAGCUCCAGAAGUGAGACUCUUGAAUGUGUGACAGUGGGACACAGUAGUUACAAAAAUGCUUUCCAUUAGAUUUUUCUAAAUUGCUGUGCAUUUGUUUUUGUUUUUUUGGCAAUGCAUUAGCCUACAGUGUUAUAGAAAACCAGAAACUUUUCUGUGUUUGGCAGCUCACUGGGCUCUCUGUGUGUCUUUGGAGAUAAAUCAGAGAUGCUUGAAGAACAUGUUUGACUUGCAAAGACACAUGGGUUCCAUUCUUCCAUGUUGGUUCAUGGUUUGUUUCCACAUGUAAUUUUUUAUAUAAGUGCACUGACAAGCGGAAAAAAAGAAAAGGAAAAAAAAAGAGAAAGAGGCAGGACGCGACUGUUAAAACAUGUCCCAUCAUUGGAAACUCACAUAAGGCUUUGCUGGAGCAACUUGUUCUUCUUUGAUUGGUUGGGGUUUAGCAUGACAGGCUAAUAAUGACUUGGAAAAGCCGGAGCCACAUUUCCAUUAAAUGAAUGUUGGCAAAAAAAACAUCGGUCGCAACAAAAUGCAAUCUUAUUUUGUUUAACAGCGGAGGAAGAAGGGACUUCUUAAUUGUUUUCACAUUUAAACAUAUCUUUCCUAUGGGCCUAUCCGAAUAUAAAGAAAGUGUUGCUACAGAAGAGCUAUUUUUGUUGCUGGCUGAGUUAACCGAAGCUUGCAGCUACAUUAUAAAACACUGUAACUCCCUGCUGUUUUUAUGGAAAGACUUAAGUGACUCUAGUUGGAAGCUUAGAUAUUGAUCUCAAUUUAAAUCGGCUGAGAUGAAAUUGAAAAAGAAAAUUUUUUUAUGGCUUCAGUGAGAAGAAAUACUGUUUGUGUAUUUGUGUGUGUGAUUAGUCUGUUAUUAGAAUCAGUAUUGAUCAGACUCCGACCCCCCUUUUUGAUCAGACAUGUUUGUGUAAAACAUUUGCUCCAAGUGGUUUGGUGUCAUUUUUCCUGUUUUGCGGAGCAUGGUAUUUUUCUGUGCUUUGGUUAUGACCAGAGUUGUGAAUGUGGAGCAUAUUGUUGAGUGUGUACGUGUGUGUGUUUAUUUAUCCUAUUGAGUGCACUUUGUCAUAGUUUAGUUUUGAGAAGUUACAGGGUGUCUGAAUCUAUUCUGGUGAAACUGCAUUGCCCCACUUUGGAUUACAGCAGUUAUGUAAAUCUGUGAAUUACAGGCCAAGAACUAAUAACAGCCAUCUGCAGACUGUCUAGAUGAACUGAGAUGGAAAAUGUGUAGAAGCUCUUUUUUGUUUUGUACCACUUCUUUAUUUAUGUCUGUGUAUUUUAGCAGAACAUCUUCCUCGUAACUCAUGCCUGCAGUCCUUUCAGCAGAGAGCUCUUUGGUUUAGUAGUUGGAACUGAUCACUUUAGUUGUACAGGAUCUUGCCCUAAUUUAUUAUUUGUACAACUCUUAUUUAUACAGUGUGUUUGUAUACUGAUUGAUCAGUUGGGAGACAAAAGAUGCAGCUUCCUUUGCAAUGGUCAGUCUGCUGAAGCACUUUUUUGCUUCCAGCAGCAGUUUUGAUCAGUGGAAAUGUGCUGGCAGUUAAAUGUUUGCUUUCUGUACAGUAUGUGUGCUUUUUAUAUGGAAGUGAACUAAAAAUCUCUGAGGUCUAAAUCUGCUUGUCUGGCUGUUAUUGAUCUUUUGGGGUUUUUUUUGUAAACUUUGACUUUCUUUUAGGGCUGAACAAUUCAUUGAUUUUCAAUUGCAAUGUGAAACAAAGCAAUUAGCAAAUCACAAAGGCUGCAGUUUGGGAUAUACAUUAUGCAGUGCAUCUGAUUCAAGAUUUAAACUGUUUUGUCAACAGUUUUACAGAUUCAUGAUGUCCUAUUUAAGUGACAAGUGUCAUCAUUUGGUAGGAUCUCCUGUGGUAAUGCUUCAUCUAAUAUUUUCAUUAUAUUGCACAGAGAAUAUUGAACUGAAGCUUGACUUUAGAAAACAAUUCCAUUGCAAAUCAAUUGCAGUAUGUGUCGAAAUAGGCAAUUGAGUGAUUUCCCAAAUGUAAUUCAAAGGCUACACUUGAGCAAAUGGUCUGGCUUUAAGAGGCUAAUAUGAAUGAAUAUUACUGUGAUUACAUCGAUCACUCACAACAUUAAAACCACCUGAUUAAUAUUGUGUAGGCCCCCUUAUGGCAUCAAACCAGCCCUGACCUGUUGAUGUAUUAACACAGGGCAUCUGUAGGUGUCUUGGUACCCGGACUCCAAAAAUAAGUGCCCAAGCUGGAGUUCCUUACAUAGCCACUUCAGGCUGUCUCUAAACACAAGUCAAUUGCCACAGACCCCAUGAUAAAAUGUUCAGUUAUACUACAGAAAAAACAUGUUUACAGCCUGGUACAAAAACAGUUUUGACCUCAAUAGCUAACUUCCCUAGUCACAAUAAGUGUACAGAGAGUGAAUUUGUAUAUACACUAUAUUGCCAAAAGUAUUCGCUCACCUGUCUUGACUCGCAUAUGAACGUAAGUGACAUCCCAUUCCUAAUCCAUAGGGUUCAAUAUGACAUCGGUUCACCCUUUGCAGCUAGAACAGCUUCAACUCUUCUGGGAAGGCUGUCCACAAGGUUUAGGAGUGUGUUUAUGGGAAUUUUUGACCAUUCUUCCAGAAGUGCAUUUGUGAGGUCACACACUGAUGUUGGACCAGAAGGUCUGGCUCUCAGUCUCUGCUCUAAUUCAUCCCAAAGGUGUUCUAUCGGGUUGAGGUCAGGACUCUGUGCAGGCCAGUCAAGUUCAUCCACACCAGACUCUGUCAUCCAUGUCUUUAUGGACCUUGCUUUGUGCACUGGUGCACAGUCAUGUUGGAAGAGGAAGCGACUGACUGCAGAAAGUUGGCGACCUCUUGGCACUAUGCACCUCAGCAUCCACUGACCCCGCUCCAUCAGUUUACGUGGCCUACCACUUGGUGGCUGAGUUGCUGUCGUUCCCACACACUUCCACUUUCUUAUAAUACAGCUGACAGUUGACUGUGGAAUAUUUAGGAGCGAGGAAAUGUCACGACUGGAUUUGUUGCACAGGUGGCAUCCUAUCACAGUUCCACGCUGGAAUUCACUGAGCUCCUGAGAGCGACCCAUUCUUUCACAAAUGUUUGUAAAAGCAGUCUGCAUGCCUAGGUGCUUGAUUUUAUACAGCUGUGGCCAUGGAAGUGAUUGGAACACCUGAUUCUCAUUAUUUGGAUGGGUGAGUGAAUACUUUUGGCAAUAUAGUGUAUUUCGGCCAUUUAGCUUGUAUUGAGUCUUAAAUUUAUGUGUAUUUAUAAGGGUGCGGCUGCUUUUAGUGUCAACUAGAUGUUGUCACGAUCCAGCUUGUUGCUCAUUUAGCCAGGAGUUAACAUGAGUGAGAAACUGCCAGGAUGGCAACAACCAAAACCAUCCGACUGAGCUUCAAAACACCUCUUUAGAAACCUCAUUGUGACGUCAUGGAUUUCGUCCAUCUUUGUGGGUGGGGCAUGUGAAAGCAACAUCUGCAUAAAUGUCAAAAUCCGAGGUUUCCCAGCAUAACAUUGCUUUGUAACACGAUGAUCCGUGUUAUUUCUAUUACUUGUCUGUGAUUUUAAUACAGUGGCUGAUUGGUUUAUUUA